GCUGCGUUCAAGAUGUCGACCAAGAAUUUCCGAGUCAGUGACGGGGACUGGAUUUGCCCGGAUAAAAAAUGUGGAAAUGUGAACUUUGCCAGAAGAACCAGCUGUAAUAGAUGUGGUCGGGAAAAAACAACUGAGGCUAAAAUGAUGAAAGCUGGGGGCACUGAAAUAGGAAAGACACUUGCAGAAAAAAGCCGAGGUCUGUUUAGUGCUAAUGACUGGCAGUGUAAAACUUGCAGUAAUGUGAAUUGGGCCAGAAGAUCAGAGUGUAACAUGUGUAAUACUCCAAAGUAUGCUAAGUUAGAGGAAAGAACAGGGUAUGGAGGUGGUUUUAAUGAAAGAGAAAAUGUUGAAUACAUAGAAAGAGAAGAAUCUGAUGGUGAAUAUGAUGAGUUUGGACGUAAGAAGAAAAAAUACAGAGGGAAGGCAGUUGGUCCUGCAUCUAUUUUAAAGGAAGUUGAAGAUAAAGAAUCUGAGGGAGAAGAAGAGGAUGAGGAUGGAGAUCUUUCCAAAUAUAAAUUAGAUGAGGAUGAGGAUGAAGAUGAUGCUGAUCUCUCAAAAUAUAAUCUUGAUGCCAGUGAAGAAGAUAGUAAUAAAAAGAAAUCUAAUAGACGAAGCCGCUCAAAGUCUCGAUCUUCUCAUUCACGAUCUUCAUCUCGCUCAUCCUCCCCCUCAAGUUCAAGGUCUAGGUCCAGGUCCCGUUCAAGGAGUUCUUCCAGUUCGCAGUCAAGAUCUCGUUCCAGUUCCAGAGAACGUUCGAGAUCUCGUGGGUCGAAAUCAAGAUCCAGCUCCAGGUCCCACAGGGGCUCUUCUUCCCCACGAAAAAGAUCUUAUUCAAGUUCAUCAUCUUCUCCUGAGAGGAACAGAAAGAGAAGUCGUUCUAGAUCUUCUUCAUCUGGUGAUCGCAAAAAAAGACGAACAAGAUCACGGUCACCUGAAAGCCAGGUGAUUGGUGAAAACGCUAAACAAUCCUGAGCCCCAGGGCCAACCCCUCGGAACACCACUACUUUACCCAGGCACCACAGGUCAUCUUCUGGAUCAUCCCAUUCUGGUUCCCGUUCAAGUUUGAAAAAGAAAUAAUGUAUUAAAAUUUCCAUCUAAAACAAAACAAAACCAAACCAGUGCAGUGCAUGAAGCAUAUUUUUUAAGAAGUUGGUGUCUUACUUGGUCAGAAGUGCUAAAUCAGCUAGUAGAGGUGCAUGCCUUUCAUUGCUUUUCAGAACAAUACAACUGUGGGUUUUUUUUGUAAAAUUAAAAUUAAAUAGUAUUUUAAGCC